AUGGACCUUGACGUCGACCCGUGCCAGGAUUUUUACAGAUAUUCCUGUGGAGGGUGGAUCAACCGAACAGUGUCCAGAUUGUCCCUCGGACAACAGUGGCACAGUAUUGCCGAAAAUGGACUGCAUACACAUAGCCAACUCUGCAGUGCUCUCACGAAAAUCAAAUACCGUGUCAUCUCGAUGGAAUUGUCGGAGGGGGAGACGGCGGUUGUGGACACAUUUGGAAAGUGUAUGGAUACGGCCGGGUUAGAGCAGAUCGGACUUCAACCAUGGCUACAGUUGAUACAGUCGAUAAACGGAUGGAGAUUGGGUGAUCUCCCCUUCCCCAUAUUACCUUCCUACUUUUUCGAAGAUCUCAUGCUUCAAGCUUACAGUUACGCGACAUUCCCGAUAUUUUGGCUGGGCGUUGAUGUGAAUUACGGGGACUCGAAGAAGUAUAUUUUGACGAUCGAAGAGCAAGUUCCGACUUUUCUAUUUGCGAUGCUCUACCGUACCCAGGAGACCGAGUUGAGGGCCGAGGAUUUUUGGCUGGGCGGAUACAUCCGUUUCUCAAGAGCCAUCGAAUUGGAGUGGCGACUUGUGCGGAUAUCUACUGUGCACGAGGGCAAGGGGAUGGACCACGAGAAGUAUAAUGUGUCUACCGUCCGGGAGUUGGCCAGGAUCGUGCCAGGGUUUGAUUGGCUGUACUUCCUCAGCAAGCUACUGGGCUAUCAAGUCGAGCACGACCAACCUAUCGCCAUCAAGCUGGGCAACGUCACGUUUUUCGGCGCUUUUCCGGACCAGGUCCACGACGUUGGGGCGCUGAAUUUUGAGGCAGAUCAGUUCUACGGAGAGCCGGAACGUAAAGAUGACUUCUUCUGGACUAUGGUCAUGGCCUCGGCUCGAAAAUACCGUCGAGAUUUGGGAAGGCUGUCCAAAGGAGUCUCGCGUAGUCACUGGCUGGACAACACAAAUAGCUUGACCCUGAACGCCAUCCACAACUACGAGCGGAACGUCGUCGUCUACCCCAUGGCACUGGUCACGAGGAACUUUGCCGAUCACUCGAAACCGGGGUUUUCCAACUACGCCGGAGCUGCGUUUUUCAUUGGUCACGAAAUUGCGCAUGCUUUUGAUGUUCAAGGCCGUUGGUACGGAACAACCGGAAGUCUCGGCAAAUACUGGACCCAAGAAUCCACGAAAAAAUACACGGAAAGCGGGGAAUGCUUUGUGCAACAAUACGGGGAGAUGAAGGGAGGCCAGGAGGCUGAUAUUGCAAACUCCCGGCAAACGCUCACCGAGAACAUGGCCGACAAUCUGGGGUUGCAAGCCGCGUGGAUGGCAUUCGAGCGGUCGAACGAGCUGAAAGGGGAGCUGGUGCCCGGUCUUGGCGUCUCGGUCUCGCAAGCCUUUUGGAUUGGCUAUGCCCAGAACUGGUGCUCCGUCCUGGAUCCGGCAACGUUGAAUGCGCACGAGAAGGAGAGAUUACGCGUUCUCGGCCCGUUGCGGAAUCAGCCGGACUUUGCCCGAUCGUUCGGAUGUCCGAUUCGGGAGGAUGCAAAUGAGUGCCACGUUUUU